GGAGAGAUCGCGCGCCUGCCGCCGCCGGAGCCUGCGAGCCGAGACCGUAAGCGCCCGGGGCCGGCCGGGCCCGCACUCCCCGGACGCAGACGCGGUUCGGGCUCCGCGCGGGCUCGGCCGCCGGGGUGGGCGGCGGGCCGGGGCGCCAAGGGGUCGGGGCUGCGGUCGGCCCGCAGGGGUGCAGAGGGACUUGUAGUUGGUCCGCCCCCAGCUCCUGCCCCGGCCAGGAGACUGCGCGUGCCGCCUACUGGGGGAAGGAGCCUGCAGGCGACCGCGGACUUCUCGCAGGGAAUUCCGCGUCCCAGACUGCGGGCGGACGCCGCAGGGAGGGAGGCUCGCGACCCCGGGAGCGCACCGCGUCCCCUGGCCUGGGCGAGCUCUGCUUCCAGGGCCGUGGCUCGCUCGGCGGUGAAAUGCACUUAAUUUGUCACCCAAGUCGGAACACUGAUUUUCAUGCGCGUCCGUGUGAAGAGACCACCAAACAGGCUUUGUGAGCCAUGUGGCUAGAAAUCCUCCUCACUUCAGUGCUGGGCUUUGCCAUCUACUGGUUCAUCUCCCGGGACAAAGAGGAAACUUUGCCACUUGAAGAUGGGUGGUGGGGGCCAGGCACGAGGUCCGCAGCCAGGGAGGACGACAGCAUCCGCCCUUUCAAGGUGGAAACGUCAGAUGAGGAGAUCCACGACUUACACCAGAGGAUCGAUAAGUUCCGUUUCACCCCACCUUUGGAGGACAGCUGCUUCCACUAUGGCUUCAACUCCAACUACCUGAAGAAAGUCAUCUCCUACUGGCGGAAUGAAUUUGACUGGAAGAAGCAGGUGGAGAUUCUCAACAGAUACCCUCACUUCAAGACUAAGAUUGAAGGGCUGGACAUCCACUUCAUCCACGUGAAGCCCCCCCAGCUGCCCGCAGGCCGUACCCCGAAGCCCUUGCUGAUGGUGCACGGCUGGCCCGGCUCUUUCUACGAGUUUUAUAAGAUCAUCCCACUCCUGACUGACCCCAAGAACCAUGGCCUGAGCGAUGAGCACGUUUUUGAAGUCAUCUGCCCUUCCAUCCCUGGCUAUGGCUUCUCAGAGGCAUCCUCCAAGAAGGGGUUCAACUCGGUGGCCACCGCCAGGAUCUUUUACAAGCUGAUGCUGCGGCUGGGCUUCCAGGAAUUCUACCUUCAAGGAGGGGACUGGGGGUCCCUGAUCUGCACUAAUAUGGCCCAGCUGGUGCCCAGCCACGUGAAAGGCCUGCACUUGAACAUGGCUUUGGUUUUAAGCAACUUCUCUACCCUGACCCUCCUCCUGGGACAGCGUUUCGGGAGGUUUCUUGGCCUCACUGAGAGGGAUGUGGAGCUGCUGUACCCCGUCAAGGAGAAGGUAUUCUACAGCCUGAUGAGGGAGAGCGGCUACAUGCACAUCCAGUGCACCAAGCCUGACACCGUAGGCUCUGCUCUGAAUGACUCUCCUGUGGGUCUGGCUGCCUAUAUUCUAGAGAAGUUUUCCACCUGGACCAAUACGGAAUUCCGAUACCUGGAGGAUGGAGGCCUGGAAAGGAAGUUCUCCCUGGACGACCUGCUGACCAACGUCAUGCUCUACUGGACAACAGGCACCAUCAUCUCCUCCCAGCGCUUCUACAAGGAGAACCUGGGACAGGGCUGGAUGACCCAGAAGCAUGAGCGGAUGAAAGUCUAUGUGCCCACUGGCUUCUCUGCCUUCCCUUUUGAGCUACUGCACACGCCUGAAAAGUGGGUGAGGUUCAGGUACCCAAAGCUCAUCUCCUAUUCCUACAUGGUUCGUGGGGGCCACUUUGCGGCCUUUGAGGAGCCGGAGCUGCUCGCCCAGGACAUCCGCAAGUUCCUGUCGGUGCUGGAGCGGCAAUGACCCACCCCUCUCCCCCCGCCCGCCACCUCCCCCCACAAGUGCCCUCCAGGCUUUUCUUGGGGAAGAUACCCCUUUUCUGAGGAAUGAGUUUGCCUCCGUCCCCUGCCCAUGCUGGGAGCCCACGCUCACCCCUCCAAGCUCACUCCCCAACCCCCAACUCCGUGUGGUAAGCAACAUGGCUUUGAUGAUAAAUGACUUUACUCUAAAA